GAAACAUCCCAAGACAUGAGUCGUAGGAGAGAGUGCAAAACCCAACCACAACAGACAGCAAAACAUACAAAAUGCUUGCUUUGCACAUACUAUAAUGGAUGUAUAUAGAUGUAUAUAGUAAUGUGUUUGACAUGGAGCAAAAAGAAGAGGGAGAUGCAACAAAACAUACAGCAGCAGGGAUUCCCACGUGGUCACCCACCGUAGUACUAAUCUGCCGUUCAACUGCUUAUGUAUGGCAGAGCGGACGGGAUGCCCAGUUUUCAGCUGACUGUGGCCGUAUGUGCUGGUGUUGAAAAUCUGUUGGUAUACAACCACUGGUUUGUGACAAGCAGAGAAGCAUAUUAUAUGUCAGAUCGCAAGAUCGAAAAACGAAAACCAACGGAGUCAAUUGACCGGUUUGGAAAGCAUGAUUUACCUUCUACGGACUGCUGAUCCAGAGGACCUGCGAAGAACACCCGAAACAUACCACCGGCCUAAGAGAAAACCUGUUGAUACAGUAUACAUAGAAU